AUGUCGAAUCGAUACGGCGGUGGAUACCGCAACGGCAACGGCUAUGGAAACUUUGGGAGACGCGAAGAAGAUUAUGAUCCCUACGGAGACGGUUACGGAGGCAGUGGUGGUGGUGGCGGGGGCGGGGGCGGAGGAGGAGGAGGAGGCGGCGGUGGUGACAGAGAAAGAGAACGAGGCGACCGGUAUGCCGUGGGAUCUCCGCCGAUGAACCCUCGAUCACCACCAGGCCUUCGAAGCGCGGGACCGCCGCCCGUACGCAGCCGCGAGCGCAUGCAGGAAACGAAUGCGGAGCGGCAGAUCGGUCAAGUUCUCGAGCACAUCAAGCAAGAAUGGCCGGCCAUGUGCCAAACCGACUGCGUACCCGUGCAGCUAGCCCUGCAGCUCCUCGACACCAGCUCCGUAGGCCGCGCCCACGAGUACCGCAAGUUCCAGCAGACGCACUUGUAUCUCCAAGACUCCCUGAAGGGCAUCGUCCACGAGCACCACCAGGGCUUCAACAGCUCCAUCGGAACGUUCCACAAGAUUCAAGGCAGUAUACAGGCAUCGCAGAAGAAGGUGCGCACGCUCAAGGAGUCAUUGCUGACCUCCAAGGUGAGCCUCUGCACGUCGGACCCAGAUCUCAAGAAGUUCUCGGCCGCGUCGCAGGCUUAUGAUGAGCUGUUAACUACGCUGAACGAGUUGGAGGAGUUGCGCCUGGUGCCGGAUCAGUUGGAGGCGAGAAUUUCUGAAAAGCGCUUCCUAAGUGCCGUUGAGGUCCUGCAGAAUGCGUUACGGAAAUUGCGUAAACCUGAGCUGGACAAUAUCGGUGCCUUGAGUGAUCUGAGGGGCUAUCUCGCCAACCAAGAUACGGCGCUGAUGGACAUCCUGGUGGAAGAGCUUCACGAACAUUUGUAUCUGAAAUCGCCAUACUGCCAGGAGAGGUGGCAGAAUCUAGCCAAGACGCAAGGCGCCUUUAAAGAUGGCAACUAUGAGGCGAUUACAAUCUCUCCUUUCCACCAGAUCUUAGACGCCAUGGACUUUGAACAUAAGGCGACAGAGGACCCCGCUAAGAACCCAGAAGCCGAUACCUUCUCCUACGUGUCACUGCUGGUGGAGUCUUUGAACAAGUUGGGAAGACUGGAGACGGCCGUCGACACCCUCAAGCAGAGGUUGCCAGUCGAGCUCUUCACCAUCGUCAACGAGACCCUCAAUGAAGUCGACCAGCGGCACCCAAGCUCAUUACGUGGCGGCUCUGCCAACUCCCAGGGAUUGCACAUCUACGGCAACAGGGAGACGCAAAUGAGAGCUGAUGUGAUCUACGACUUAUUAUGGACGCUCUUCGGCAAGUUCGAGGCUAUUGCCGAAGGCCACCGAGUGUUCCACGAAUCGAUCAAAGCACUCAUCCGGAGGGAAGGCGCUGGAAACAACAGCGCUCUCCUAGGAAGCUUCAAGGAGCUAUGGAACCUGUACCAGAACGAGAUUCGUUCUCUGCUGCACAACUAUGUCACAACAGACGCUGACGUUUACCAAUUCAACUCGUCACCGAAGCCCGGCGCGAACGCUAAUGGCAAGAAGGAUGCUGCUAGGGAGCAUUUGUUCAAGUUUGCCGAAGGCGAUCCUAAGGCUGUGGAUAUGGCUACAGAAUACGAGGCCCUCGAGGGUAUCAUCCGUGCUGCUGUGCCUGGUUUGACCGACACGUCUCGUAAAGGCGCAGACAAGAAACGAUCGAUGUUGGACGGCGGCAGUUCCAAGAGGGGGACAGCGGCAGGCUGGGAGAACAAGCAAACAACAGGCACUUACAAGUCUCUUGUUGAGCCCAGUGUCUUCAACAUGAGUCUACUUCUGCCGCCCACACUUGUCUUCUUGCAAAGGCUCAAGAUGAUCGUUCCGCCAGGCUCAGACCUUGCCACCAGCACACUGACGUCCUUCCUGGAUAACUUCUUGGUCAACGUCUUCCAACCCCAGCUGGAUGAAACACUGGGCAAGCUCAGCGACACCAUCUUCGGCGAAGUCGACACUUUCUUGCAGGAUCAGGAGUGGUCACAGGUUGCCAGGCGACCGGUUUUCAAGGGAACCACUGCCUUCUUCGCCGUUGUCACAGCGUUCUGCCGAAUGUUGGCCACGAUACCCCACGAUCAAGCUCUCAGCACUCUCAUUAUCACUCAAAUGAUGAGGUACUACGACCGCUGCUUCGGGUGGUAUAAGUCACUCGUCAGCAAAACCCAGGCGCAGGCCGGAGAACCCGCGAAGCUGCGUAUGUCAGCGGCAAUGACUUUAGAGGAAGGCGAUGUCCUGGAGACCAUCAAGCAAUUGUGGACAUCCGAAACUCUCGAACGAGAACUCCUGGAAAAGGAAGUUGGCCUGCUCAUCGUCCAGACAAAUGAGAAGCGCAUGGAGCUGGCCGACAUCAUCCAAGACAAGGAUACCAUUUCUUCUCUCUGUCUUCUUUACACAAGUAUGAAGUGGCUUGCUGUCAAGAUCUCCGGUCUGCGGCACAUCACCCGCAACGAGUCGGACUCCUCCCGAACGAAUCUGGCCAGGGGCUCAAGCAAGCGAUGGACCCUUAUGAACGACCCCAGCAAGGCCACAAACGAGGAGGGACCUGUGUACCUCCCAAUGACGCAGGAAACAGUCCAAGCCUUCGACGGUAUUGUCUCCUCCUUUGAGGAACUAGCCGGUACAGCCCUUCUUACAUUGCAUAUGGAAAUUCGCACCGAGAUCAUCUACUCUCUCCGCACCGCUCUCUCCCCAGAAAAGGCCCCCUACCUCCUGGAACAGGAAGUCACGGAGCCGGACCCGCAGAUCUUGACCCUCAACUCGGAUCUCGUCCUCUACGACGAGACCAUCGCGAAGUACCUCCGCGCAAAGGAGACGGCAUUCAUCCGCACCGGUCUCGGACUGCUAAUCAACGCGUACCUCGUCACCAACGCCGCCUUCGUCUCGCCCAUGAACGCCAAGGGCUGCGGGCGCAUGCAACUCAACAUCUUGGUGUUGCAACAGAACCUCAAGAACGUCGAAGAAGGCGUCGACCUCGCCCGCGCGUCCAACUACUUCUCGCUAUUCGACAAGGGCCCCGACGCAAUCGUCGAAAAGGCCAAGGAGGACAAGGAUAAAGACGAGCAUGCGGACCCCAGCGACACGUUCACGUACGAGGAGCUCCGCACGCUGCUGGAGCUGUGCUUCAGCGAGCAGCUCUCCAACCCGGAGCGCGGUAUCGCGAGCGCGGCGAAGCGGCAGAUGGCGGACAAGAUGCUGGGGCUCAGCGAGUACAUGUGGCAGAGUUGA